GAUAUUGAGCGCUUCAGAGAGGAGUUUGUAAAGAUAUGCAGAAAGGAGGUAAAAGUGCCUGCAAUGACCAUCAUGAAUGACAUCUCUAUUGCCAAGUCUGCACCGAAUGAGAAUACCGUUUCAAAAUUGCAGGAUUUCAUGUUCAGCGAAGAGCUCUUCAGAUACUGCACCUUACCUCAGAUCGUAAAAUACGUCGAAUGCUUCACCGGCCCCGACAUCAUGGCUAUGCACACCAUGUUGAUCAAUAAACCCCCCGAUACAGGCAAGAAAACCUCUCGCCAUCCAUUGCAUCAGGAUCUCCAUUACUUCCCCUUCCGGCCUGCUGACCGAAUCGUCUGCGCCUGGACCGCAAUGGAAAAGGUGGAUCGGUCAAACGGAUGCCUAGUUGUGUUGCCAGGGACUCACAAGGGCUGCCUGAAGGAGCACAAGUACCCGGAGUGGGAG